CACGAUCAGGACUUCUGUGCUUUUGAUGGUGUAUUUGGUUAUUCCGCUCACCAUCGUUGCUCUGCAGUUUGCAUAACAAUCAUGGCAUUUGGACACAUCUAAGACGUGGAGCAGGCCCUGAAUCCUCUAUGUAAGAUGAACGCUGAGGACAAGUUGGAGGGUAUGCUGCUGAAGUGCAGCAGCAGUGGGAUUGACGGAGGAGGCAGAGUUACGCUGGGCAGCGGAGGAGGACUGGUUGUGAUGACUUUAGGCGAGCGGUCCCUGGUUAACCACCCGCUCCUGGCCGAGGACGAUGACGAUGAUGAAGAUGAAGAGGACGACUUGACUGUGAGCUCCCUGGUUACCCAUGACCUCGUACCUCCUGAACAGCUGAUGAUGCAAGAGGAUGUGGUGAAGAAUGGAGAUGGAGAAGAGGAGGGAGGCGAGGUGGGAGUGCAUUUCCCCCUUAAACUCACCCAUAAGUUGCCCUGCUUGCUACAUAUACCACUGGGCAUUAAACAGGAAAUGAAGCUCUCUGAGCCAACAGUGCAGAUGAAGGACAAAAAGGUCGCCAAAGAUCUUAUGGUGUGUCAAAAGAAGAAAAAGAGAAAGCAGCGUUCUCCAGCAAAGAUUCUCAGUCUGAAUGAUGACGGAUCAAUCGGCGUGCAAAACCCCAAGUGUCAUGUAUGUGUCCACUGUAACGCGGCGUUCAGAACCAACUACCACCUCCAGAGACACGUCUUCAUUCACACCGGUGAAAAGCCAUUUCAGUGCAGCCAGUGUGACAUGCGCUUCAUCCAGAAAUAUCUCCUCCAGAGGCAUGAGAAGAUCCACACCGGUGAGAAGCCUUUUCGGUGCGACGAGUGUGGUAUGAAGUUCAUCCAGAAGUAUCACAUGGAGAGACACAAGAGGACACACAGUGGAGAGAAACCAUACCAGUGCGACUAUUGCCACCAGUUUUUCUCCCGGACCGACCGUGUUCUGAAGCACCGGCGAAUGUGUCACGAGAACCGAGACAGAAAGCUCAACAAGGCGGCCGAGAAAGUUGGACCCAUGCGUGAAUCUGAUCCGUCAGGCCUCCAGUUUCUCACCAAAGAGUGUGCACUGCCAAAGAAAAAACGUCAGAAGUGCACAGAGAAGGUAGAAAGCCCCGACUCUGCGUCCCAUUCAGAAGAACACGCCGCUCCUGUGACGGAAUUAGAAGAGCGGGUGGCAGAGAACAAGAGUGAAGGUCUCCCUCUCUUCACGGUCCCCACCAAAGUCAAACACGAGUAUGUGGUCGCUGAUUAUGCGGUGGAGCUUCCUGAAGAAGCAACCAGCCAACACCAAGACCUGUCCACGUCUGAGGAAGCCGCUUCCCAUAAACUGGUCCUGAAGAAGAUUCCCAAGAGGAUUCUCAAGCAACCACACGACCCCCCUUCAUCCUGCCUCACCGCGUUGUCUUCUUUUGAGGAAAGCAGCAAGUAUACGUUCGAUAUAGUGGACAAGCAAUCGCUGUUAGAUGAUGAGAGCAACACGGAGCUGGAGUCUGUGGAGACUCUUCAGGGAGGGCCCAUAAAGCCGGUCGCCAGCACAAACUACGACGAUGCCAUGCAGUUUCUGAAGAAGAAACGUUACCUUCAAGCCACGGUGGCCAACAGCACUCGAGAUUACACAGGCAGCAUUUCCUCUCAGCCUUCCGUGACACAAAGCGUGGUGUCGACCGUCAUCGACGAAACCGUCCCUGCCACCAUUCUGGAGCCGCAGCCAAUCACAGCUGAGAUCAAGUCCACACACGACAGGAACGUGCUGCCAGACGAGGUUCUUCAGACGCUGCUGGACCACUACACCAACAAGGCCAACGGACAGUCGGAUAUUUCCUUCAGCGUGGCAGACACGGAAGUCACGUCCAGCAUUUCCAUUAACUCGUCUGAUGUGUCGGAUGGAAGCCCAGCGGAGAGUCUCGCGGCCUCCAGCGGUCAAGCUCAGCCCCCGACUGAGAAGGUCAGCCUUCUGCAGGAGUACUCCAAGUUUCUCCAGCAAGCACUGGAGAGGACCAGUCAGAACGACAGCUACCUGACCAGCCAGAGCCUGAGCCUGGUGUCUGAGAACCCGACUUUAGCCGGGCAGCCUCUCUUCUCCACGGAGAAGCAGUUUCCCUCACCGAGCAGGUUUAAAUCAGGGAUGAGCUCCCCGUUAAGAUCCACUUUGGAAAAGCCUCACUUUGGAUUACUAGUCGGCGACUCCCAGCACUCGUACUCAUUUUCAGGUGACGACACCACUCCUCCAUCCACGGUGUCGCCUAGCGACGAGGAUUUCCUGGAGCAGGUUUCGCCUUCCAAAAAGACGGACUCUCCCAUGCAGACAUUUCAAAUAAGCUCCUUUGACUCGAAUUUCAAAUCUCAUUUUCAGAGAUCGGGAUCGUCCUCGCUCUUUACUGUCGCCAACGGACAAGUCAGUCUACGAGGAGCCAACUCUGACUUCCCAGAGUUCCCUCUAGUCCGAGUCACUGAGAGCCGAUCGCAGCUCAACUCCUCGCCUGACGUCACCACGAGCGAAACAUUCGGUUGAGGCCACACCGCAACUCAGUUUAGGUAAUCAUUUUCAGCAGCACUUUAUUUGUCUCCGCAUCAUUUUUGCCAAAUCAAACCCGCAUCAAGACCCUGCGCUCAUUUUUUCAGCAUUUUUUUUUUUUACUUUUAAGUGAUGUGUAGUUAACUUGAUUUAAUUGAGAAUCACAUUGGCACUUCCCCCGUGAAAGAGAGUUGACAGUGUCACAGACUGAAAGCCAAAGUGCAGAAAUAGGUCAAAAUGCAGUCGGAUUUUCCAUGUUUUUAUUUCCCCCCUUGCACAUACUAUUACCACUCUCUGCGAAAUGAUCAUUCAUCGCAGCCUUAAAUUGCCUCUUGAAAUUAUGUAAUGAUUCAAACAACAUUAAUCUUUUUAAUUGUCACUUUAAACGUCCUUAACAUUCAAUCAUGUGCGUCUGUGGAAGCAUUUUCACGUUAAAAUCCAACAUGACAUCCCCCUCCUCCUUAUUAUGUGUGGCUGCACAUUUUUGGUUUGUAGUGAAUUGACUUUAAAAGAUUGUGCUCAAUGUCUGCACAAUUUGCACACUUUUCACUGCAAUGAAUGUAGUUAUUUCUGUUUUUCUCCAUGAUUGAAUCAUCUUUCGGGCUGCACAUACCAAAUACAAAAAGUGAUUGAGAAUAUGAAACUUAAAAUUGAGCACUUAACAAUGAAAGCACUUGUUUACGGGUCGAAAACAUUUUAAAUCAAGUCAUGUAUUGAAUAAUGCCACCAUUGAUGCCCAUUUCAGUUCAGGAGUCGGCCACUCAGAAAGUAAAAUAAAAAGUCUCCUCUGCUUUAUCCUUAAGUGGCUUUUCCCGUUUUAUUGUUGGAGUUAGUGCUAGUAUUUGCAAAGCAUAUCUCACUUCAGAGAAAGUUCAUUAUACACUGAUGGAUUUUAACUUUCAAAUCAAUAAUAAUUAGGUUUGCUUUUUAACCUAGUUUAGCACAAAGUUGUUGGUUUCGCUCCUAGAAAAUACUAUAACAUGAAAUUAUUUUAUUUGCCCCGCAGCUCCUGACUUGUACUGCAAACUGCAUUUAUGAUUUUUUUUUUUUUUCAUUUUUAGUUGAUGUGCAUUUCGAUUCUGUAUGUAAUUUGCAGACACUCCCUAAUUGAGCUAAAAAUUUGGUGUGAAUGUAUAACACAAUGUUGGAUUUUUAAAGCAACUAAAUUCACAUCUCAUGUGAAAUUAUCCCCUUGGCCUGUCAUGAUUUAAUAAAUAUAUUAUUAUAAAGCGCCUAAUCCAAACUAUCUGAAUGUUUAAGUAUUUAAAAACAACCCCUUCAAUUGCAAUUGAAAUGUGUACAUAUUUUGCAGCCUUAAGUGUUUUUAUGAGUUUAUUUUAACGUCUUUAAGUUCCCUGUAAAGCAAUACAUACAAUUCUGUUUAUUCUCUUUAAUUCAUAUACUUCCUGAAAGAUGCACACAUUUUUGGGUCAUGUGAUGAACCCCAUUUCGUACAUGUGGAUCAACAAGCUUGGUUUACCUUCUUCACCCUGUCAUUAUCAUCUGUGCCUUAUUUAUAUUACAUGUACAAUAAUACUCUUCUAUAACAGAUGUGCUGCGAACCUCAGCUAGCACAAUAAAGACACAUAAGCUAUCCGCCGGGUAAGUCUGUAAUCUCAAGUCAGAGCUGCAUCUAAUGUUGGCUGUCUUGUUUUCUUUGUUUUAUUUAACUGGUGUAAAAGAAAAAAAAAAACAUUUUCAUUGAUUGCUGCUGUAUUUGUAUCAGUCAUAAUCACGUUUGUGAGGAUCAAUUAUCAUCAGUUCUCUCGUCAGAAAUCAAAAGGUACUGGCUUGUGUUUUUCAUGUAAAUAUGUCUGAUUCUGUUGGUGCUGAUGUGUUGACACUGAUAGUGGAGACGGGACGAUGUUAAAGCCCCCUUGUGUGACAAUUCUAUUGACAAUCAGGGACAGGCCUCGUUCGUCACGGAAUAUUUUAUUUUUCCUUAUUGAACAUUCCUCGGAGAAUAUAUGCCCUGCUGUAAAUAGUUUUGUAUAUUUUAUGUUCUCGUCAGAUAUUAUUGUUGAUAGACAUUUUCGUAUGCAGAGGUCAAGCAUUUAUUCAGUUAGAUGUCGCCUUUGGAAAUUUGUAUAUAUUGCACCCUUGUUUUUCAGAUUAUGUUCAAGUUUGUCGCUUAAUUUUUUUUUUUUUUUUUUGGGAUAUACACCUGUCAGCCAUUAUUGGAAGCAAAUAUAAACCAUGAAUGAAUAAAAUUGUGAAAGAGGUUUGUUUGUAGAAAAAUGAAAAAUAGUGGGAAGGCAUGACGUAUAACCACAGUUCAAUCCAAAUUUAUGCAAAGAAAAUCAUUUUAAAACUUUUUUUUUCUGUGAAAUACAUAAAGCUUUGAUUUUCUUAUUGUAAUUUUGUUAAACCUGAAUAGUUGAAUAAUAUAAUAAUUUAUGUUGUUAUUAUUAUCAUCUGUCAUUAUUAUCAUAAGGCAAAAUGCUGUGUGUUUCUUCCGCUAUUAACUGACCUUGAAAAUAGUUACAAAUAGAGUUUGUAAUUUCAAAUAUUUAUAAUGAUUUGAGCUUCAUUUCUUUCUAAAUUCAUGGCUGAUUGGUGUAUAUUGUUUUAUUUCACCUCCACCCAAACAGACUUUAAGGCUACUCCGCUAUUGGAAGAAGCCUCGGUUCACUACUCCUCAACAAUAUUUCAUGUCCGGAGGUAAAGCACAGUGCAGACCAGUCAUUCAGCCUUAAGGUGUUUCUAAUGAAUUUGUGGUGCAAAGUUGAAAUGUUUUGUUUGUUUGAACAGCGCCAUGGUAUUUGUAUUCCUUUUUAAAGAUUCAUCGACAGUAACCUGGCCAUAAGUGUCCUUGUACAACUAUUUAGUAUACUGAUAUAAGAUGUGUGUUUUGUGUUUGGGGGAAAAAAAAGGAUCUGGACUAUAAACUUUUGAUAAAGAAAAAAUAUUUUUGAAACAUUUAAGGCACUGAUGUAUACAUAUGCACUCAUAAUUGCUAUUCUCAUCUAUCUUAUGUUAAACACCGCCACUUGAUCUGAUUCUGUUCGCAUCCUCACAUUCCACUUUUCCUUUACAUUCAGAGCCAUUUCGUUUAUUUUAAGUGUCUACUUCAAUAAAAAAAAUAAAAUAAAAAAAAUCACUUGGUAUAUAAAUGACUAGCAGGAAAGCCGAGAUGUAAUCCCUUUGCAUUUCUAAUAGUUUGUGUGUUUCAAAGCCAUGUUGACUGCUAAAACUCAAUCUGCAAGUUCAAUCUGAAUUCAUGGAGUUGUCAUACCAAAUUAUGUUAUUUCCACAAAAAAAAGUAAAAAAUAAAAAAAAUACAAAUGUAAUGUCUUACAAUGUCAGAUAAGUGUGGACGUGACGCAGACGCAUGUGAACCGAGUGUUUGAAAAUAAAAAUGCUGACGGAGCAACAAAAUGGACGUGAAUAGUCUUGGGUGUUCAUUUUUCUACAAAUUGAAGUUUCAGUUUGACGCUGAGGAAAUGUGAUGAUUUGCAUGGUCUAGUAGGCUGUAAUUUUAGUUGAUUACUUUCAGUCAAAAUAACCCAUAUCACUAGGAUUUUUUGCAAUAUAUUUUGGUUUGUAUUUUUGGGCUCGAAUGGUUUUCUUGUGUGUCAUGUCCAUAUUAAUAAAAAUAUU